AUGAGGUUGCCGCCGGCCGCGCUGGCCCUCGCGCUGCUCCUCAGCCACUGGGCACUGGUUACCGGUGUGUCGCUGGAGAGCCUGCUCACCAACAAGCGCUGCAAGUGCGUCAAAUCCACCUCCCAGGUGGUCCCCUUGGGCAUGGUCCUGGCCAUCGAUGUCCUCGCGCCCGGGAUUUACUGCCGCAGGAAGGAGAUCAUCCUCUCCCUGAAGAGGAAUAAGAAGGUGUGUGUGGCCCCCGAGGCGCCCUGGAUCCAGGUGCUCCUGCACAGGCUCACGCAGAGGUAG